UCUCACGAGAUAAUGAAAGAAAAAGAGGAGCGCUGCUAGUGUGGAGCAGGGAAAAAAACGCGCACACACACACACGGGGCUCCAGACCCGGAGAUUUUUUGGAGAGGAAAACAAAGACCCGGAGAAUCGGGAACGACGAGUGCGUGCGAGUAACAGACACAGAUUUCCGUCUGUGACCGCGGAUGGGUGUAUUUCUUUUCACUCUGUUCUCGGUGAACGUGGCACCCCGGGGCGCGCGGCGGACCAAUUGUGUGAAUCUGCAGGGCUGCUCGGCGACGCAGAUGGAGAUAUGCACAGGACGGACGACGGCCGCGGACGCGCUCUGAGAGGUGGAUCAUAAAAAGCAGGCACAGAAAGCGAAGCAUCUGCCGCGGGAGGAACGCAGCGGAUCAGCGCACAGCGCGGAGCAGAAUCAAAUCACGGUUUCGGCUCCUGAUGCGAUUCGCCAACUCGUUUUCUGCGAGUUUGAGGGAGUUUGAAGACAGUAAUUAACGUUAUCAGAUAAUUAAUUAGACCCCCCCCCCCCCCAAGCCCGGAAAUCAAUUAAUUCACAAAUCAAUAAAUCCAUAGUCUGGUGUAACGAGAGACUUUCCAGACUGUUAGCCCCCGCUGCCGAACAACAAUAACAAGAAGAGGAGAGGGGGGCAGGGGGAAGGAGGGGGGAGGGUGGGGGUGCAAGAAAAACAUCCUUUAUUUGUCGAGGUUUUGAAGAUGGAUGGGGGUCUAGGGGAGAUGUCCCUUCAUGGUCACCCCGAUCUGGCCCACAGCCAGGACGGCAGGGCCAUGCUGCACUCGCGAGACCUCUCGGCGGCCUUCCCCAGGCCCUCCCUCGGGGGCCCCUCAAUGUCCCUGGAGCCAGAGCCCCGUCCGCCGGGCUUCGACCACUCCAUGUCGGCCCUGGGCUACAGCGGCGACUCCCCGUCGAGCUCCGGCAGCACCUACACCACCCUGACCCCCUUGCAGCCCUUCGACGACAAGUUCCACCACCACCACCACCACCACCACCCCUGCCUCCCCGUCAGCAACGUCAUCGGCAGCUUCACUCUCAUGCGCGAGGACCGGGGCCUCGGCACCAACUUCUACAACCCAUACGGCAAGGACCUGGCCAUGUCCCAGAGCCUGUCGCCCCCGUCCACGGGUUCGGGCCUGACCUCCUCCAUGCACGGCUACGGCAGCUUGGGCAACAGCCCCAACGGCAACGGGGGCCAGAUGCUCCACGCCGGCUACGACGUCCACGGGGGGAGCCUCUUCUGCCGGACGUCCGAUUUCGGGCGCGAGAUGUCGCCACCGGGCCUGGGCGCGGGCGACGUGUCCGUGGGGCAUCAGCUGAACAAGAUGGAGGCUCACCAGCACGCCCCGGGCCACCACCCUCACAUCUACGGCCAGCACUACCAGCCCCACCACCACCCGAGCCAGCAGGCCUCCAAGAUGGGCGAGCACCUGCACUCCUCGUCGUCCGCCUUGUCCUCGCCCGGCGACGGGAUGCUGCCGGGCUCGCAGGGCGGCGGCGGCGGGGAGGAGAUCAACACCAGGGACGUGGCCCAGAGGAUCAUCACCGAGCUGAAGAGGUACAGCAUCCCCCAGGCCAUCUUCGCCGAGAGGGUUCUGUGUAGGUCACAGGGCACGCUGUCUGACCUCCUGAGGAACCCUAAGCCCUGGGGCAAGCUCAAGUCCGGCCGCGAGACCUUUAAGCGGAUGUCCCGCUGGCUGCAGGAACCCGAGUUUCAAAGAAUGGCCUCGCUCCGGCUGGAGGCCUGCAAGCGGAAGGAGCAGGAGCAGAGCAAGCUGGAGCGCAACCAGGGCCCGAAGCGCACGCGGCUGGUCUUCACGGACCUGCAGCGCCGCACCCUCCUGGCCAUCUUCAGGGAGAACCACCGCCCCACCAAAGAGCUGCAGAUCACCAUCUCCCAGCAGCUGGGCCUGGAGCUCUCCACCGUCAGCAACUUCUUCAUGAACGCCCGCCGACGCAACGUCAACAAGUGGGCCGACGAGGGCCGCCCGUCCUCCACGGGUUCCUCGGGCUCCAGCGUCUCCUCCUCCGCGGUGUCCUGCAGCACGGCAUGAUGACGGACCGCCGGGGGGGAGGCGCGGCGGGGAGGAGGGGCGACCGAAGGGAGCAAGGGGGGCACGUAGACUGGUCUAGGCAGAGAUCAGCCGUCUUAAAUGUCCUCCUCGUUAUCAGAAGGAGCGACGGAGCCGAGCCGUUGUAGGUGGUGUUACGAGGAUGAAGCAUUUCUUUUCCCAACCAAAGUCGAUCGCUCCCUUGAAAUAGAAGGGGGGCGAUAACCCAGAGUGAUAUGACCGCAGGGUGAGAGGCCCUGCUUGUAUAGUCCAGGGUGCAAAGAUGAUUUGACUCACACCCUUACAUAGACGCCAUCUCAUUGCAUUAUUUUGGUUAUCUAGAUUAGAGAUAAUGAGGGUAUUACAGGAGGAUGCAUUUUUUGGUGUACCUUCUAAUCUAUUGUCGUCUCUCCAAAUGUGGAGAAUCAAGAGGUGCCGUUUCGCUCACAGGCGGCGAGCUCCAUUGUGUAUCUUCUUAAUCAAAGUGUUCACCAUCAUCCAAAGACGUUAGUCCUCCCCCGAUGUCCUUUUGAUUCUGUUUUUUCCUCAAGAAUCAAGGUGAAAGAGGAAAGAAACGCGUUUUUUUUUCUUCUUCUUUUCCGAUGAACCCAAUUCUCCUUUCUUAGCAUGUGUUUCCAUGGUGACGGUUCCCAGGACUGGAUGGCGUGUUUCCGAGAUUCGUAGCCCGGGAAUUAUCGGGAGGGUUACGUAGCGUCCGAGACUCCCAGCUGUCAAUCAUUUACCCUUCACAGGAACCGUUCCUGCAUUUUGUGAAGACGGUCCCGCCUUGAAUGAAUCAGAGGUUUCAGGGGGGGGGGGGGGGGGGGGGGGGGCGCGCCGCAUCUCGCACGCCGGGCCGGAAUCAAUAAACACAAGUAGGAUGCAGAAACGGACUCGUCGGUGCAACUGUCUAGCUUUAAGACUCUGACUGAGCUUCCAAUCGAAAGCUCCACAGCCAUUUUUUUCGACUCUCAAAUCAAAGCCAAAAACAAAAAGAAGUGAAAAAAUGAAAAAGAACCAUCGAACUCGAAGGCUCCGCGGUGAAGAGCGACACAAUGUAUAGUGACAUUGUAGUAUUUUGUCUUUCCACUCACCUCCAGAUAACACCUCAAUCACAAAACCUUUCUUUUUUUUUUUACAGAUGUCUAGAAAAUGGAGGAAUGUGAUUCUUUCAGCCCUUUUUUGUACAGAUUUCAAGCACAUCGCUCUAUUUAUAGAAGCACGAUGGAAGCGCGGGGCAGUUUGUUUCAGCCCCGCUGACGUACAAGGUCAUUUUUUUGGUCCACAAAGGAACGGCUUUAACACGCCUCCUUAUAGCCAAUAGUUAAAUCAAACCAACAACGUCUCAAAUGCAAUUGCUGAUCUGAUCAAUGUAUUUAUUACUGAAUUUGUGUAUUUAUUGUUUUUCUUUUUUCUUUCCUCUAUUUAUUUGGUUAUUUAUUUAUGCUAUCUAUAUACUGUAAGUAUUUAUUUAACAAUGCUCUGUAUGUCUGUGUGAAACUGAAGACUUUUUCUGAUGGGCACUUUUAGCUGUAGAAUCCCAUCGUAAUACCAAAGAUUAACAUUGCCUCCCUGAAUGUACGGCCUGAAUCCUUAACCCCCCCCCCGACCCCCGACCCCCGACC